AUGGGCUUAUUAGCAUUGCAACAAUCGCAUAUACUUGCUAAUGGUAUCGAAUGGCCAAAACCGAUUGUUUCUACAGCAUCUUCAUCAAAAGUUAUUUCUGAUUUAAUAUCACGAGUGCUCGAUGGUGCUCCAACUGCUAGUCUUUUUCAAAUUUCAAUCAAUGCUCACUUAGCUGUCAAUGGCAAAGAUGUCUUUGAACUAUCUAAUGGAUCAGCACCAGGUUCAAUAUUAAUUUCAGCAUCAACGGGUGUUGCCGCUGCUUGGGCUUUUAAUUAUUAUUUGAAAUAUAUAGCAGAUAGUUCAGUUUAUUGGUCCGGAAAAAAUAUUCGAAUAUCUAAUGGAACAUUAUUUCCAAUAAUAAAACCUAUUCGAAUUGUCGCUAAUGAUUUGUAUCGUUGGUAUGGAAAUCCAUGUACAUUUAGUUAUUCAGCUGUCUUUUGGAAUUUUUCAAGAUGGGAAAAGGAAAUCGAUUGGAUGGCUAUGAAUGGUAUUAAUUUAGUCUAUGCAACAACUGGAAUGGAAUAUAUAUACAAUAAAAUAUUUCUGCGAAUGGGUUUUUCACAAUCAGAACUUGAUGAUUAUUUUACUGGUCCUGCAUUUUUAGCUUGGUUUCGUAUGGGCAAUCUUCAAAAACAUGCUGGUCCUUUGUCAAACAGUUGGCAUCAAUCACAAUUUCAACUUGCUAAGCAGAUUAUUCAACGACUGACAGAUAUUGGAAUAAUACCAGUUUUACCUGCUUUUACUGGUUUUAUGCCACGAACAGCACCAUCACGUUUUCCUUCAGCAAAAUUUCAUUAUUCUUCUGAUUGGGUUGGUUUUGGUUGCAAUGAAUCUUGGUUUGUUUUCGAAUGUUAUGAAAUAAUAUUUAUUAAUAAAAAACAAAUUAUAUAUUUUAGUUUACCAUAUCUUGAUCCUACUGAUGCAUUUUUUCAAAAAGUUGGAGUCGAAUUAUUGAAUGAAACAAUAACAUUACUGAAUUUGACUUCUCAUUAUUAUGCUUGUGAUCUAUUCAAUGAAAUGACACCACCGAUUAGUGAUCUUGAUUAUUUGGCUGAUAUUAAUGCAGGUAUUAUACAAGUUAUGCAAACAGUUGAUCCAAGUGCUAUUUGGGUAAUGCAAGCUUGGUUAUUUUUAUCAGGCUUUUGGACAGUUGAUCGAGUCAAAAGUUAUCUUAGCAAAGUUCCAAUAGGUCAUUUAAUUUUACUCGAUUUAUUUUCUGAAGCUAUUCCACAAUAUUCACGUUUUGAAUCGUUUUAUGGACAUUAUUAUAUAUGGAAUAUGUUACAUGAUUUUGGUGGAAAUAAUUUUCUAUUUGGUUCACUUGUCAGUGUUACUAAUGGUCCACAAGCAGCACGAAAUUUUUCUCAUGAUCACAUGGUUGGAGUUGGUAUUACAAUGGAAGGUAUUAACCAAAAUGAAAUCAUGUAUGAGUUUGCUCUUGAACAAUCAUGGCGUAGUCCGCUUAAUGAUAUCGAAUUAAACGAUUCAAAACGUGAAUAUUGUGGAAUAGCUUCAGAAAAUAAAUCGAGUGAUCAUCCAGUACCUGAUUCAGCAUUAUAUGCAUGGCAAUUAUUAGGAAAUUCAGUUUAUCGGAAAAAUCUUUACGGUGAUCAUCCAAUUAUGUUAAGUAGACCGAGAGUUAAUAUCGAACAAGACAUCAAUUUUGAUAUAAAAUCUUUAUUAUUAGCAUGGGAAUUAUUAAUUGAUGCAUCAAAUGAACUUGAUUCAGAUUUAUUUCGAUAUGAUUUAGUUGAUAUAACUAAAGAAGUUCUUCAAUAUAAAUUUGUUAGUGUUUAUAUUCAAUUUAUGUCAGCUUAUAAUCAAAGUGAUCUUUAUGGUGUUGGUACUCAAGCAGCUAUUCUUGUUGAUAUAUUAGAAGAUACUGAAUUAGUAUUAGCUUCUGAUCAUCGGUUUUUAUUAGGAAAUUGGAUUCGAGAUGCAUUACAAUUUGCACAAAAUGAAGAAAAUAUUCAUUUUUAUAAUUUUAAUGCUAAACUUCAAGUAUCAAUUUGGGGAAAUAAUUAUACAUUAGAUUUGUAUGAUUAUGCAAAUAAAUUUUGGUCAGGAAUGAUUCAAAAUUAUUAUGCUCAACGAUGGUAUGUUUUCUUUGAUGUUGUUAUCAAAAGUCUUAUUGAAGGUCAUCCAAUAGAUUCAAAUCUUUUGGGUGAACGACUAUUUCUUGAAGCUGAAUUACCUUUUUUUAUGUUAGAUACAAAAACCUAUCCAACUAAUACACAAGGUAAAUACUCUGACUGA